GCCGGGCAGCUGGGCCAGGCGGCGCCUCGGGGGCUGCUGCGCGCCCGCGCCUAGAGCUGCCGCCCCAGGGAGCCCGCCACGGCCGCGCCCCGGGCACGCUCGGCGGCGCCCAACGAUGACCGCUCCCUGGCGGCGCCUCCGGAGUCUGGUUUGGGAAUACUGGGCCGGGCUCCUCGUGUGCGCCUUCUGGAUCCCGGACUCGCGCGGGAUGCCCCACGUCAUCCGGAUCGGAGGAAUCUUUGAGUAUGCGGACGGCCCCAACGCCCAGGUCAUGAAUGCUGAGGAGCAUGCCUUUCGAUUUUCUGCCAAUAUCAUCAACAGGAACAGGACUCUGCUGCCCAACACAACCUUGACCUAUGACAUCCAGAGGAUUCACUUUCAUGACAGCUUUGAGGCCACCAAGAAGGCCUGUGAUCAGCUGGCCCUGGGCGUGGUGGCGAUCUUCGGGCCGUCCCAGGGCUCCUGCACCAAUGCCGUCCAGUCCAUCUGCAAUGCCCUGGAGGUACCCCACAUCCAGCUGCGCUGGAAACACCACCCGCUGGACAACAAGGACACCUUCUAUGUGAACCUGUACCCCGACUACGCCUCCCUCAGCCACGCCAUCCUCGACCUGGUCCAGUACCUCAAGUGGCGAUCGGCCACCGUGGUCUAUGACGACAGUACAGGGCUCAUCCGUCUGCAGGAGCUCAUCAUGGCCCCGUCGAGGUACAACAUCCGCCUGAAGAUCCGCCAACUCCCCCUUGACUCCGACGACUCGCGCCCCCUACUCAAGGAGAUGAAGCGGGGCCGGGAAUUCCGCAUCAUCUUCGACUGCAGCCACACCAUGGCCGCCCAGAUCCUCAAGCAGGCCAUGGCCAUGGGCAUGAUGACCGAGUACUAUCAUUUCAUCUUCACCACUCUGGAUCUGUACGCGUUAGACCUGGAGCCCUACCGCUACUCGGGGGUGAACCUGACAGGGUUCCGGAUCCUCAACGUGGACAACCCGCAUGUCUCGGCCAUCGUGGAGAAGUGGUCCAUGGAGCGGCUGCAGGCGGCUCCCCGGGCAGAGUCCGGCCUGUUGGACGGCGUGAUGAUGACCGACGCAGCCUUACUGUACGACGCUGUCCACAUCGUGUCCGUGUGCUACCAGCGGGCCCCGCAGAUGACCGUGAACUCCCUGCAAUGCCAUCGGCACAAGGCCUGGCGCUUUGGAGGCCGCUUCAUGAACUUCAUCAAGGAGGCUCAAUGGGAAGGAUUAACUGGACGGAUUGUUUUCAACAAAACCAGUGGAUUACGGACGGAUUUUGAUCUGGACAUCAUCAGUCUGAAGGAGGACGGCCUGGAGAAGGUUGGCGUGUGGAGUCCCACAGAGGGGCUCAACAUCACGGAGGUUGCCAAAGGCCGAGGCCCUAAUGUCACCGACUCUCUGACAAACAGGUCGCUCGUCGUCACCACCGUGCUGGAGGAGCCCUUCGUCAUGUUCCGGAAGUCCGACAGGACCCUGUUUGGGAAUGACCGCUUUGAGGGCUACUGCAUCGACCUGCUCAAGGAGCUGGCUCACAUUCUGGGCUUCUCCUACGAGAUCCGGCUGGUGGAGGACGGCAAGUACGGGGCACAGGACGACAAGGGCCAGUGGAACGGCAUGAUCAAGGAGCUCAUCGACCACAAGGCGGAUCUGGCCGUGGCCCCCCUGACCAUCACCCAUGUCCGCGAGAAGGCCAUUGACUUCUCCAAGCCCUUCAUGACACUCGGAGUGAGCAUCCUGUAUCGAAAGCCCAACGGCACCAACCCCAGUGUCUUCUCCUUCCUCAACCCCCUGUCCCCAGACAUCUGGAUGUACGUGCUCCUCGCCUAUCUGGGGGUCAGCUGUGUCCUCUUUGUCAUUGCCAGGUUCAGCCCUUACGAGUGGUACGAUGCUCAUCCCUGCAACCCUGGCUCCGAGGUGGUAGAGAACAACUUCACUCUGCUCAACAGCUUCUGGUUCGGGAUGGGGUCCUUGAUGCAGCAAGGGUCUGAGCUCGUGCCCAGGGCCCUGUCCACGCGCAUCAUCGGCGGUAUCUGGUGGUUCUUCACCCUCAUCAUCAUCUCCUCCUACACGGCCAACCUGGCUGCCUUUCUCACCGUGGAGCGCAUGGAGUCGCCCAUCGACUCCGCUGACGACCUGGCCAAGCAAACCAGAAUCGAGUACGGGGCUGUCAAGGACGGGGCCACCAUGACCUUCUUCAAGAAAUCCAAGAUCUCCACCUUUGAGAAGAUGUGGGCCUUCAUGAGUAGCAAGCCGUCGGCGCUGGUGAAGAACAACGAGGAGGGUAUCCAGAGGACCCUGACGGCAGACUAUGCUCUGCUCAUGGAGUCCACGACCAUCGAGUACGUCACCCAGAGGAACUGCAACCUCACCCAGAUCGGGGGCCUCAUCGACUCCAAGGGCUACGGCAUUGGCACGCCCAUGGGCUCCCCGUACCGGGACAAGAUCACCAUCGCCAUCCUGCAGCUGCAGGAGGAGGACAAGCUGCACAUCAUGAAGGAGAAGUGGUGGAGGGGCAGCGGGUGUCCCGAGGAGGAGAACAAAGAGGCCAGUGCCCUGGGUAUUCAGAAGAUCGGGGGCAUCUUCAUCGUCCUGGCCGCCGGGCUGGUCCUCUCCGUGCUGGUGGCUGUGGGCGAGUUUGUGUACAAGCUCCGCAAAACGGCAGAGCGAGAGCAGCGUUCCUUCUGCAGCACCGUAGCCGACGAGAUCCGUUUCUCCCUUACCUGCCAGCGUCGGGUCAAGCACAAGCCUCAGCCUCCCAUGAUGGUCAAGACUGACGCGGUCAUCAACAUGCACACAUUCAACGACCGCCGGCUUCCGGGCAAGGACAGCAUGGCCUGCAGCACAUCGUUGGCCCCCGUGUUCCCCUAGGCACAGGGGGGAUGGGGACCGAAGGCCUGGGGGCAGGGCAGAGGAAAGCAAGGAGACUGGAAGGCACCUCUCCUGGGCCCAUGCUGGGCUUGGGGGCCAGAGCUGCUCCCUGCCUGCUGGGCCAGGAGCCCUCUGCCCUUACCUCCCAGGAAACCAGCAGGCCCUUGGGCCAGCUGCUUGGGCCUCACUCGCCUCUCGUUUCUCCUGUGGGUUUCUAAAGCUGCCAGCCGAGACAGCCAAGGCCAAAGGAAGCACAUUCCUCUCAACUCACCUGCCCCUCAACUCUCCUCGACAGUCAGAAGUUUCUACCAUGGCCCUGCAGAGGCCAAAGAAAAUGGGAAACAGCUCGUAUAUUGCCUCUCCUUCCCGCAUGGGCCCAGGCUUCCUGGGUCAUGACCGUGAGAUCAGAGACACAAACCUCGGGCACCUUAAGGAUUGUAAUGUGGCUGCCAAUGGGAGCUGAAGAUGGGGGAUGGCCACCCCGCAUGUCUUGGGCAGAAGGAAGACUCCAUCCCUUAGGAGCUGCUCACGUAGUCCUGGUCUCUUGGAGUUGGCACCAUGUAUGGCAGACCCCAUCUUGGCAAAGUUGAAGGCAGAGAGCCCCGUAGAAGAAAAGAGUUUGGAGUAUGGGAGAGAGGAGAAUGCACAAAGGCCGCCAUCUUGAAUUCUUACUGACGAUGUCCUAUUGGCUCCCAUUCCUCAAGGAGGUCUCCAGGAGUAUAAAAUGGGGGAGUGGUCAGAGCAGAUUUUCUAGUUUCUGGCCAGAGGAUAGAGGACCUCUUGAAUCUCUCACAGAGGAUGACCAGAGAGUCGGCUGAUAUUUGAAGCCAGAGGAACAGUGGAUUUCAUGGAAAUCCCAUAGGCCCUUGAGCCAUUGGGUCUUAUUUUGCUGGUUACUGAGCUGUUUGCUAAACCCUAGUGGCAUUUGAGAGCUUGGGCUCUUUGCCAUCCAUUCAUCAGCAAUUCCCCAUUCCUGGCUAGUUGACCUUGACCUCCUUCUGUCACCUUGGAAGGAGAAGAGAAAGUGAAAAUCAUCACCCCAACUCAAAAGAGGGAUCCAGGUCCUACACAGGCUAACUUUGGGGCAGAUGGGGAAGGCCAGAGGGGCCCUAAAGAACCCUUGGCCUCCUGGACUUGCCAGAUCUAAAGAAGCUCCCCGGAAAGGAAGGCUCCAGGGUCAGGAGAUCAGAGCUCGUAGAGGUCCCAAGGAUGGGGAAGAAAAGCUGCCUCCUGGAGAAUUAACCAAAGACCCCACCUAGAGACACAGGCCAUCUAGGCCCCAAUCUCUUGUCCAGAGCAGCUUGGACCUAGUGGGGUUUGGGGGUACAGCAAGGAAAUAGUAGCAGAUGGAGUACCAGUGAGAGCCAGACCAGAAGAACUGUGGAUUCCUGCUAGGUAGGAUGGAUGGUCUAGAAGUCUGUGACUUUACGAUUCUAGAAAAAGAAUGAGACAUGGAAGGGUUAGGAGCAAAGUGUCCUUAAAGAGAGUACGAUGGGGCCAGCAGGGUUUGCCAUGGCCAAGGGUGGAGGGCAGUCUCGGAGCAGGGGAGGGAAGGCUGGGGAUUCCGGAUGGGGACCCAGAAGACACUAUUAUCCCCCUUCCACCUCUCUCCUAUUUCUGCCUGGGGAGUCUGGUUAGGGAAGAGCUACGUUUAGAUCUCCAGGACCUUCUCAGCUGGGGUGAAGGAUAGUCUCUAGCUCCCCCAGGGACUCCCAAAGCAGGAGAGCACAGUGGGCUCAUGUGAUAAAUACCACUUCUCCUCCAAACUGCGAGCCGCAGGACCACACCAGCUGGUUCCCACCCUCCCAGCAGCUGCAACCGGCUGUGCGCUGGGGAGGUGGGAGAAGAGAGCUAGACGCGCAGCGUCGCCAGCACAAGUGAUGACAGAAGAAGCCAUGCUGUCGUGAGCUUGUGUGUGGGAGUGCAAGUGCGCAUACAUGUGUAUCUGCAUGUGUGUGUGUGUGUGUGUGUGUGUGCGUGAGCUCUUGGGGCUGGGGCUGAGGGACAGAUUUGGACAUCAAACAGAGUCCAGGGCAUGCAAUAAUAGAACCCUUUGGGUUCUGACGUGUGUGCGCGCACACGUGUGUGAAUCUGGGAUGAGGGAGACAAAUCUGGACGAGCAGCAGAGCCCUAUACAUGUAAAAACAGGAGAAGCCAUGUCUUAUGGGAGUCCUGGGGAGUAGACCUAUGUAUAAACGCAUGCACGAGUGGGUGUGCUUAUGAGUGCAUGUGUGUGCAUGCACGCAUGGGUGCACAUUCAUGCACCAAUGGCAGAGGGUGGAAGACGGGAGAAAACCUGCAGCGUUGCCAAAUGUUUAAAAGGAGAAGCCAUGUCAUCGAGGGGUCCCCGCGUGUGAGCAUGUGUGCACCUGUGUGUGUGGGCGUGUGUUUGCAGUGGAGAGCAGGAGGGAGGACAGAACCAGACAGCUGUGCGGUACAGGGCAGUGCACGUGUGAAAGGAGCUAUGUGGCACUGGAGUUUCUUGGGGAGGGCAUGCUCACACAUGUGUGUGCAAACUCACCCAUGUGUUCCAGCUCACAGCAGGAGCAGAGAUGGACCAUCAGGAAGGCAGGGUAUCAGGCUCUGUUUGCACUUCUGUUGUAGGGAGAGAUCAUUCAUCACAAGGCUUUGUCGAGACAGUGUGCUUUUGUGUAUGACGCUCCGUGAGCGAGUCGUAUUCUUCUGAGGCUGCACACGAACACAGGCUGACAGGGGAAGAAAGAGGUGGCGUGGGUUGGGAAGAUGUUUCAUCAGCGGAAUGAAGAAUAGUGGCUAUUAGGGGCACAAUUCAAUUAGGGAAAUCCCCCAAAAUGUACUAAAAUGAUUUUUAGAUUUCUAAAGGAGGUUGGGGUGACAUGCUGCCCGAACCCCCCCCCACUCAAGCCUUAUGUCCAUGUGUGCGGCUCCUGUUCAAACUCUGGCUGGUGUCCUUGGUUUGUCUUCGAAACCAGCCCAGUGUUCAAAGUGCAGUGGAGACUGCUUCUGCCCAGGUGGGAGCCGUGUGUCUCCCUGGGUACCAAAGGUGCCAGCUGGCACUACUACAUUGGAGGGGGUAGAGGGGGGAGAAGGUGUUCGCAUCGAGGUGGAUCAAGAGGAACUAAAGGCGACAUAAAGCGUGCCAGCAGGUGCACACCUGAGCGGCAGAGGCUGCCGCCGAAGUUCGUCAUGGAAACGUCAGAGUUGGUUUUGAUGGAACAGAAGAUGGGACUUGCCCGACCAGGUGCUGGACUAUCCUUGUCUGGCCCCACAUGCCUUCCCUUAACAGAAGAUUGCCCCCGCCUCCCACCCUCAUCUCCCCACCGAAUGCCAGUGCCUCCACUCAGCCAGCUCAGACUGGCCAAAUUGAGGGGCAGUAGUGAGGAGAGCCCCCACACACAUAUACCCCGCCAGUCACCAAGGCCCUGAGGCUUUCGGACGAUGAACCUUCCUCCUCUAUCUCCCCUGGACCUGUUACUGGUCUCUCUGCUAUGGACCGAUACAAAAACCCUGACCGCUUGGUCACCAUUCCGCUGGCCCCGCUCCACGAGGGUCUCUCAAGAGGAAUCACGCCCUCGUGGCGGAUGAGCUGAUUCUGAAUCUCUGAAGGGUUGGAGGGCCUCCGCUCACCCUCCAGCCAAGACUGCCUCAACUACAGGAGCACAUCCCGGCCCCUCCCCAGUGCACUUGCAGACGGAAGUGAUGGCCCAGGAUGGGGGAGGGGUCCGGCGGGGUUGGAUGAAGGUUCCACUUGGUGAGAGGUUACUCCCGCCCCUUACACAGGAGGGGAGCAGAAGUCUGAGCCGGGCCCCGCGCUCACGGAGAACACAGGCUCCCUCCCUGCCUCCUUUUCUGGGGGUGCGUUGUGGGCGUCUGCAAGCCGCUGCUUCAUCACUCAGCAGGAAGCCGGGCCCUUCCCAAGCCAUUCUCAUCUACCUGCACAAACAUCCGGAAAUUGGCCAAACUCUGGCCCCUGUCUGGACUGGUCCUGUGUGGACAGCCAUCUGGAAGGGCCUCGUGAUCAGACAAAGAGCUGGGUGGACUUAACAUCUGGGAUGGGCCCAGCCCUGUGGACAGAUGCAAGGAAUGAGCCCAGUUCUGUCGGCAGGUCUUGAACAGACACAUCUGGAACAGUCUCCCAGGCGGGACGGACACAGCUGGAAUGGGCCUAGCUUCUUGCCACAGUAGAAGGGCCCUGCCCCUUGUCCCCAUGCCAGUUUGAAUCAGGCUCUCAUCUUUCAGUCCUGGGUUUGCCCUGGAGUUAAAAUGUCAGAGCUGAGGCCAUAUGUGAAGUCACAAAACUGUUUUUGGUAGAAGGUUAAUGUUCUGUACAAUAUAUAUAUGAAUGUAAAAAGAUAUAUAUAUAUAUGCUGUAUAUAUAUAUAUAUGCACAGUGUAGAUACGACCUGUUAGCCCAUGUGUAUACGCACCCCUCCCCGCACGUCUGCACACAGAGUGUACAUAACCCAGCCAGUACGGGUGGGGACCAGGUGAGGGAUGGGGCGACAGCAGCCAAGUCUGGAAUGGAGGCCACCUGGGGCAGGGGCCCCAUGGGGAUGGGGAAGGCCCUGCAUACAUCAGAGCUCUGGACCAAACCACAGGGGCUGGCGGUUAGGCCUCACCCAGCGGGCACCUCCUUGCGAGGGGCCUUGUCUCCCUCUGAGAGUGUCUGCGGCAGGACAGCAAGCAGGGUGUGUGUCUAGGGAGUCAUGACAGGCUGCCACUUGGCUCCCGAGACCUGUACUUGUCAGAGUGGCCAGGUAGGUACCAGGCUUCACCUGGAGUAUCCUAAAAGGCUGGACUGUUCUAGGUGGUUCCGCCUCAGCUUCUCACCCACACACAAAGGCACAGUUCACAGUUAGGGAAAAUGCUUUUUAAAGAGAACGGCCCCAAAGGCAUUGUCCGCAUGCCAGUGCAAUGUCCCUGUGCCCUACUUACUGGCCCUGUCCCCAUCACCUGCCUUCUAGAACAGAUCUCCCAUCACCCUGCAGCACGUCUCUAUGUUACAGAUCAAAACCCUGGGGCUUUGGCUAUAGGCAGCAGCUGUAGUAAUGCCAGCAGGCUCGUCCCACUGCAGAUGACCUUCCCAGGCCCAUUCGACCCAGAGGCCAGCUGUUAGCUCGUGAGCCAGAGAUGUGAAGGGCGCGGUGACGCCAGGUGCGAGAGGAGAAGCCAGCAAGGCCCUCCCGCCCCAGCUCAGCCCAAGCCAUCUGUCUGCGUUCCCUCCCCAGCUCCAGCUCCCCCAGCAGGGCAGUGGGCGGGGAGCACCCCCACCGGACCUGGUACCUGCCAACCCGUGGCACUGCCCCGCCCCACUCCUGUGCCUCACGAUCCCAGUCCUCUAGCUAGCGGUCCUGCCCCUGUCACCAGUCAGAGCACCUCUGGAACCUGCAAGGGAGAAGACACCUGGAGUGAGCUUCCGUGUGGUCG